AUGAUGCUCAAGCCGUCGGUGAAGGGAGCUUUUCUGGGAUGUGUGAUGCAGCUGCCCAACCUGGCGAAUGCGCUGUCGAGACGCGCCUGGGAACUGUCAGAUGUACCCUCUCCCGAGAUCUUCCUCCGUCGAGCAGAAGCAAGAGUCGUUGUCCUUGGCGACUACGCCUACAUCGAUGGCGGCGAGAUCUCUCAGCUCGACGCGCGAGGUAACCCGAUAACGUCGCGAGGCUCCAACGCAGUCAACUCCACAUUAUCGAUCGAUUUGACGACGUCAUGGUCCGCAACCAGCGUCAGGAUCAGGGAGAUUCCGAAGACGCCGAAGACUAUGGACCAACAGGCGAUGUGGAAAAACGACGCGAAGAGUACAUUCUGGAUUUGGGGCGGACAUAGCCCAUUCGGUGCUCCAUUAGACGAGCCCACGUCCUGGAAGUUUGAAGCAGACGGCAAAGGAGGUGGGACAUGGUCAAAAGAGACGCCAGCGAACCCAACACUUUUCCAAGAAUUGCGACGAAAUGAGGGGGGCGCAUUCGCUAGUACCCCCGACGCCGGGUUCUGGUUUGGGGGACAAUCGUCAGGCUGGACGACAUCUAACCCUUACUCGCAGCCACUCCCGGGCAUCUUGUCCUACAACAUGACCACGAGGUCUUGGGCAAAUGAAACAAAUGAUGCCUUCUCCAAGUACGGCACUUUGACGGGAGGCUCAGCCGUCUACAUCCCGACUUUUGGUUCGAAUGGUCUCAUCACCAUAAUGGGCGGCGCAACAUGGGGUCUCGAACCUGAUCAGGCGAAGCCUCUCGGAUGGCAGGACUUCAGCAACUUGACCUUCAUGGAUCCAGUAACUAGAGAUUGGUACUGGCAAAAGACAACCGGAAAUGCGCCCACUCCCCGCAGCAAUUUCUGCAGCGUUGGAGUCGAAGGCAACAACGGAACCUACGAAAUCUUUGUGUUCGGCGGCACCAAUAGUGAGACAGGUUCAACUUAUGAUGAUGUCUUCGUUUUAAGCCUUCCGGGGUUCUUCUGGAACCAAGUCGCUUACGAGUCGAAAAAUCCAAGGAGGAAUCAUUGCUGCGCAUUAGUUGGCCGCCGUCAAAUGCUGUCAGUUGGAGGAGCGGAUGGCAGAACGGGAUAUACGAGUGCCGACCCCUGGCCGCAAGGACUCGGUCUCUUCGACAUGACAGACUGGAAGUGGAAGACGGACUACGACGCAGACGCCAAGAACUACGAAAGUGCGAAGACAGUCAGUGACUGGUAUCAGCAAACUGGUAUCAGUUCCGUCCAGUGGUCAUCCAAUGAAGUUCAGGCACUUUUCAGGAAGUCAAAUACAAACACAACUGGAGAAACCAAUCAUGAUCCAGCAGAGAACAAAGAUACCAAGGGAUCUACCCCACUAGCCGCCAUUGUUGGAGCUGUAGUUGGAGCCGUCGUCGGUGCCAUCAUAGGGCUUGCUCUAUUCUGCUUCGUCAAACGCCGGAAGCAGAAGCAAGCCGCCGAAGCAGCGACUGCACUUGCUCCAUAUCCUGACCAUGCAAAGGGGGAUGGAGCAUACCAGGCUUACUAUCACCCUGUGGCUCCAGGGGAGUUGCAGUCGGAUGUACCACAGACUGAAUUGUAUGGUGGAUCAAUACCUAAGCAUGAGAUGUGGGCAGAAGUACCAAAGCAUGAGAUGAGUGCCUCUGGAGUUCAUCACUACACCGUUACUGAACUCGACUCCCACAACACUCUACUGGGACAAGGGGAUAGAGAUCACUCCAAAUUCAGACAUGAUCUGCAAUAG